AUGAAGGGCGUUCUUACCCUCGCGCUGCUGUCGACUGUUGCGUCAGCGGUUAUUCCUAACACAUCCUACCCAUAUAUAGACACAAUAGCAAUAGUCGUCAAGGCUGUUGCUGUCCUCUCUGGUGACUCUGCCGUCAAGGGUUUCGUCACCUUUGACCAGACCGAUGUGCACUCCCUUACCACUAUCUCAUGGAACAUCACCGGUUCCGACCCUAAUACUAAACGUGGUAUACAUAUUCACGACCGUGGUGAUUUGACUCAGGGCUGCACAUCUACCGGUAGUCACUUUAACCCCUAUAACAUGACUCACGGUGCUCCCAACGAUACCACACGCCAUCUUGGUGACAUGGGUAACUACAUGACUGAUUCUCAAGGCAAUUCUGUCGGCAACUUGCAGGACAGUCUCAUUAAGCUGAACGGUCCUCUGAGUAUUGUCGGUCGCGCCGUUGUCGUUCAUGCCCAAACUGAUGACCUCGGCCGUGGUGGCAACGCGGAGUCCUUGAAGACUGGUAAUGCUGGUGCUCGUCUUGCUUGCGGUGUCAUUGGUAUCGCCAAAGAAAUCUUUGUCCCAACCUCUCAAAUGAGCAAUUCCACCAGCGGAUCAGCUAGUGGUUCAAUAACCCCUACAGCCACUGGAUCAGCUACUAGCGGUAAUGCCGUCCCCCUCACAAAUGGUGGUGGCAGUUCGUUAGUUAAUGUCUUUCAAUACUUGUGA